AUGCCACGACGAUCUCGGGAAAAUACAAUCGAAGAAAAACGCAGGAUGCGAAAUCAAAGGAGGAAACGUAAACGAUUGUCAAGAACGGCUAGGGAAAGGGAGAACAGAGAAAUGAGAACACAAAAGGAAAGAAAUGCAUAUUCUCGCGCUAAGGGAUUGGCGCGAAUGUAUUAUGGCAAAGCAUUAGUCGAACAGAAUAAAAAGACCCUGGACAAAACCAAGGUAGGUACUCGGUUAGCGUCAAAAUAGAAUAAAAUAGGUAUCAGAAAUUGAGCAGUUGGUUACAAAUAACGAUAUCACCGAACUGAAGCUGAACGUAAUCAAACUAGCAUUGUCUUGCAUAGUACAAAACGUCCUGGGGUUGACUUCAACAUAAACUCAUAGGGGGAGGGGAGAGUGUAGCCCUCAAAAUUCGUCUCCUUUUUAUGAUGAAAUGAAAAAAAACUACAAUCAUUUUCGUAAAAUAAGGCAAGGAAUCCCCAUUUGAAAUUGCCACAUUCUGAAAUGAUUUAGCGGGAAUUCAUUCAUUUCUAUCUGCCAAGCAGACAGGCAAAACUUUCGCCUGAAAAGGACGGUCAUUGAGCUUUGAGCAUUUUCCCUUCCAUCUUGCUAUGUAGUGUUGAUCUUGCCCUACCAAGGUUACCACAGAUCAAAAAAUGGCUAGGGAUAGAAAUUUCAAGGUCAGGGAAAAGUCAGGGAAAUUAAAGUUUUUACACCACUGAUCAUGAGUUUCAUACCAUGCUGGAAGAAAUAUUUCAGAUGAUCUCAGCAAUGUUUUAAUGAAGAAGAGGAGACUGGACAUUUUGUAUCCAUUUCAUUAAGGAAAUUUUAUUUUUAUCAUGGAUAGGUCAGUGCCUUAAUAGUCAGGGAAUUUUGGAAAGUUCUGUUUGUGGCAACCAUGCCUACCCUCUGUGUAUCUCUAUCAACAGUGUUAGAGUUAAGUCUAAAAUGAAUACAUAAAAUACUUGGGGUUGUUUAGGAUACAAGGAGACUUAAAGAAGGCAAAUGAGCCGCAUUUUGUUAUAUGAAAGAGAUAAAGUUUACCAAUAAAUCUAUUAACAUAGGAAUUACAAUUUCCUCGAUUGUGAUUAGUUUUAAAAAAACUCCUAUUUUCCACUAAUUCACUUGCCAAGUUGUUGUUGGACAGUUCAAUAAGCCAAAUACAUUCAAAGUUGUAGUUUAAGUCAACCAAUUACAUUCAAAGUUGUAGUUUAAAUCAAUCAAUCACAACCUUGGUUUCAAUCACCAUAGAAACAGUGUACAGAUUCCUAAAUUGGGGCUUUCUUCAAAACGGAGAAUUGGUUUCCCUUGAGCAAUGACAAUAUUUAAGUGUUCUUUUUAAUUUGGAAAUUGUAAUUUUUACGAUUAAUUGGUAAAAGGACUUUGUGUCAUUCGUUUCGGUCUGUAAUCAUACUCGCGAUAAACAAAUUGUACUCCCACUAUGCAGGCGUCUGAUUUUGUUAUCACUCAUAUGAUUACAGACCAAAGACUACUCAGUCCUAUUACCACUUAUUACACAAUCUAGCAUGUGAAUCUUAUUAAGCUGACCAGCUUCACGUUUCCUCUGUUUAUAAAAUAAAAUAUUACUUUAUUCCAGAUUAGAGACAGGAAUACAAAAUCAGGACCACCCAGUAGCAAAUUUGCCACUGUUAAUUUAAUUGAUCCAUCUGAGCUUCAACCAAUCAGUGAAAAGGAAUUAAUACUAGGACAGGGUUCAUAUGGCCAGUGCAUUUUAAAAUCUUUCACAAGAUUAAACGUUCUUGUGGUAGAAAAACAAUGUCUGAUGCAAAGCACUAAAGAGAUGGUAAAGGAGGCACAAAUCAUGCAGAAUCUCACACAUAAAAACAUUCCUGCAAUAAUAGGACUCCAGCUUGAAAGAGAGCCUAUAUCUCUAGUGAUGGAGUUCAAAGGGAAAGAAAAUACAUCCACAACAGUCAGUUAACUAUUGCAUUGCAAAGAAUCCAAUGGUAUAGUAGAGAGAGUUAACAGUUCACCGACAAGCAAAGAUUGGCUGAUCAUUUGUCAUGAUAUCACAGAUGCUCUCGCUCACAUUCACUCCAAAGGCAUUCUUCAUUGUGGUCUCAAAUCAAACAAUGUUCUUGUAACUGAUAAACAUGGCCAAAUUAUAGACUUUGGAAAGGCCUGUGACCCUGUACACUUUCCACUAUAG